GAGGAGGCGGGGUUGGAGGUGGGAGCAGGUGGCAAGUUGUUUAUCUGCUCAGCUGUUGUGCAUGGCCUGACAGAGACAGACAAAAGCAGCUGAGAGGAGGAAGGAAAUAAAAGGUCUCCCUCACACUCCACCUUAAAGGUUUGUAACCAUAGUACGAACAGCACCCAGAGAGUAAUUUGCUUGGAGCAGAGGCCUUGACAGAGCCCUGGGGUGUGUGUGGCUGACUUAGUCUCUGCAAGGGCCCUGGGAAUGCCCUCGGCAUGUGUUAGAGCAGUAUAUUAUCCUACAGGGUUUCUGAAGUGCCUUAAUGGAGCCACACAAUGUUUGCUGAUAUAUAUACUCAUGCAAGUGCCCUGCUGUGUGCCAGCAGGAGCUUUGGCAAUGGUCUCUAAGACAUUAGUCGCUGCACAUGCUAAUGUGCAGGCAGCAUCCCCUAGGAUGGGGCAGCUGUGCCCCUGCCACUGCUCAUGAUAGUAAGCCUUGUGAUGUGCCUGUCUUCUAAGUGCCUUGGCAAAACCCUUCGGGGACUUGCUAGCAGGCCAGGGAGCCUGGUUCAGGCUGGAAGGAGCUUUAUUAUUGGCCUGAGUUUUGCCAACCGCAGGUUAUCUUUCCAAGACUAAAUAUUUCUACUUUACCCAGAGCCAGGAACUGUUGUAGGUGUUUUUGUAUAUUAUUUAUUAUUAUUAUUAUUAUUAUUAUUAUUAUUAUUAUUAUCAUAAUCAUCAGUAAAGAUUAGUUUGAUGUGCAAGGGGAAAUACUAAGAUGAGGCUUAAUUUGCUAAAAUGGCUUUAGACAAGGUUAAUGCAAAUGCAUCAAUAUCAGUCAGUUUUUAUUUUGUUUUCAUUCUCAUGUUGUUUCAGCGGAACAACUGGCAGGCAGGAGGUUCCAGGUUCUAUAGCAGGGGCAGAAGGCUGGGGGGGGGGUAAACUAAUAGAUCACAGGGUGAUCACAGAGUUUCUGAUGUGAGAGGAGAUUCUUACCCCUUAAUUGUUAUUGACUGAGAACUGUUUUCAGGCAGCUGCUGAGAACAUAGUAGGCACUUAAAUGCUUGUCUAAUGGUACCUCCAACUGGAGGGGGUGGGAAGCGCUGACAGCCUCAGGGAGCUGACAGAGGACUGGAAGUUGUUCCUGGUUUGGGCAAGCUUUAAGGAGGUUGAGGGAAGCUGGGUGAGCUGUAAUGGGGGUGGGGAGAGGUUGGUGAGCAGUUGGGCACAGGCCCUAGUAAUUCUCUCUCUCUCUCUCUCUCUCUCUCUCUCUCUCUCUCUUUCUGAGAAUCAAGGCAAACAUUUUUAACCUAUACAUAAUGGGAUGCAGAGCAUGAGGAAAGAAAUUACGGUAUGCCCCUCAUCUCUGGUAGUAUCCCAGGCACUCACAUAGUCAGUCCAUGCAGCACUCAUAUAUAGCUAAUGCAAGUGCAAGCGAAGGGUGAUGUGAGUGGAGGGGACCUCAGCAAUAAAACGCUGCAGGAAAUGUGGCUUCUCUGCCACAAAAACUACCAUAAUGGAAUACAGUGGUACCUCGGGUUACAGACGCUUCAGGUUACAGACUCCACUAACCCAGAAAUAGUAUCUCGGGUUAAGAACUUUGCUUCAGGAUGAGAACAGAAAUCGCAUGGCGGCGCAGCGGCAGCAGGAAGCCCCAUUAGCUAAAGUGGUACCUCAGGUUAAGAACAGUUUCAGGUUAAGAACGGACCUCCAGAACAAAUUAAGUUCUUAACUUGAGGUACCACUGUACAUGCAACAGUCUGCACCAUUUUUCUUUACAACAAGCCAGUUGUCUGGAAGGUCGCUAACUUUAAGCUCUAUCCGUAUCUAGAAACAGACCCACUUUCCGGGAUGCUUUCUGGCUUGUGUGUGCAAAAACCUUAUGGGGGGCAGGAAUCACCAAGUGAAACAAUGAGGGGCUCAGAGCAGUGGCAGAGCACACAGUGGCUAUAAUGUGCUCACAAGCCAGAAGUGAUCAAAAUAGAUCUGUACUGUGCAAUCUGCAGCUUUCCUAUAAUUAUCAGAGCAAGCAACAAGGGCAUGCAAUCCUUGCAGAUCUUGGCAAAAAAAAGCUCAACAACUUUGUGCAAAACUAAAAAAAAACCCACAACAAAUUUUGUAUCCAGAUUUUCACUUUUGGAAAUAGGGCAACUACAGUGAGUAGUUCUGGGAGAGUGGGACAUUGCUGGUUUUAUUUAAGAACCUAAUAUAUAACUUGCUAGGUACCAUCCAGCAAGGAACAUAUGAAGCUACCUUAUACAGAAUCAGAUCAUUGAUCCAGCUAACUCAGUAUUGUCCACAAAGAGGUUUUCCAGAGCAUCGCACAGGGGUCUUCUCCCAGCCCUUCCUGGAGACUGAACAAAAUUGUUGCUUUUGCAGCUACGCCACUGAGCUUCUCUAUCUUUUUAUUAGUAGAGUGCAUGCUUUGUACGUUUCAGGUCCUAAAUCAAAACAUCUCAGCAGAGUUGAACUGCCUGUGCUUAAAGCUUUUGAGGAACAGCCUGCACUUAAGUUUUUGGAAGCAGAGUUUCCUGUCAGGCAGAGUAGCCAAUUCAGCAAGGUCCAAAUUGCUUGAAUACAUUCAGUGUUAAAUAGAAAAAAACUAAUGAAAAACCAACCCAACAACCUAGAAACAUUUAUUUAAGAGCACUGAGUGUAUUUUUUGAAAACACUGCACGUGCUUUUUAAAAUGAUUGAUCAGAAAUAUGACAUCAUUAUGAACAAGGAACGAACAGGUAUCACAAAACUACUUCCUCAUUCUGUGCACCUGCAUUAAAAAUCCCUGCUCAUCUAUAAAGUUCCUCAGGCGCCUAGGAUAAGCUAUAAUAGCCCUUUUCAGGCUUUCAAAAUUACUUUCCCCAAUAUGGCUUACAAACAUCAAGCUAGAUUUAAGCUUGUUGGUGUCUCUGUCAUCUUUUCUCUCUUACAUCAUGGAUGUAGGCUUAUAUUAGGAAUCUAUUUUCUUUAUUAUCUUAUAAAUGCUAUUGCAACAAGUUAGUCAUGGCUUUGGCUAAAACAAUAAACUUAUGAACCUGAACUUGACUUUUGGAGUGCUCUACCGUUUCCAGAAGACGAGCAGGAAGCAAUUGUGGGAUGCAACUAAUCUGCUCUACCUUUCCCACCCCCAGGUCUGAGGACCUGUUUUCACUUAUACCCAUUUUACAGUCAUGGAUUUCAUCAGGAGAUCAUGGUAAUUGCUGAAUGUGUUUUAAAGUGUUCUCUUCUAGAACUGGCUUCCAUCUCAGAACUACAGCUCCUAGGGUUCCCAGGGACAGCGAAUGGCUGUUAAACCAGUUUAUGUCUGCUGUGCAGAGUUGGGGAUCACCUGUGGCCCUUCUGAUGUUGGAGUCUAACUCCAAUCAUCCCUGAUCAUUGGCCAUGGUGGCUGGGACUGAUAGAAGUUGGGAAGUUCCUCAUCCCUGUGUGAAGGUAAAGGUAAAGGGACCCCUGACCAUUAGGUCCAGUCAUGGAUGACUCUGGGGUUGUGGCGCUCAUCUCGCUUUAUUGGCCGAGGGAGCUUGCGUACAGCUUCUGGGUCAUGUGGCCAGCAUGACUAAGCCACUUCUGGCGAACCAGAGCAGUGCACGGAAAUGCCGUUUACCUUCCCGCUGGAGCGGUACCUAUUUAUCUACCUGCACUUUGAUGUGCUUUCAAACUGCUAAGUUGACAGAGCAGGGACCAAGCAACGGGAGCUCGCCCCGUCGACCUUCUGAUCGGCAAGCCCUAGGCUCUGUAGAUAUACCCAGUAUAUAGUAUAUAAGCUAUAUACUAUAGCUUACAUUUCCUUUCCUUUCCUUACCAGAUGUGGGGAACCCAUGGGCCAUCAGAUGUUUGACUCCCACCAGCCUUCUAGUCUGGCAACAUCUAGUGAUCCAGUUUCCCCAUCCUUGUUAUAUGCUAAUUUGCCUAGCUCAAAGGUGCUGCAUGUUGACCCCUCUACCUAUCUUCUGUUACUAGUUUGGUAUCCCCCAGGCCCUUUGGCUUUCACUAGUAGUUAUGAGAACACAUGCUUCCCUUAAUGCCAAACUUGUAACCAGGUGAUGGCAGGUAGGAGGAUGGAGGAUACAGAGUAGAAGCCGCAGGGUAUGGAAGAUUUCCAACUGAUUGUGUUGACUUUGAUUGAAAUGCAAGGCAGGAAGAUUGGAAGGGGGGGGCACUAUUCACUCAGCCUCCUCCAGGCCUGGCUGCUCUAGGGCAAGCUCAUCAUGUGAAAGAGGUCUUUGUGUCAAGCUCCCUUGGCCCUCUUGCCAGCAGGUAGCAAUUGUUAAGAUCCUCUGAGCGGGGUCAGAGUGGAAGGAGGCAAAAAAUGGCUUCUGUUGUCAUAUAGAACAGGGAUCUUCAGAGGUCUUGUCUAUAGCAACAAUGCUGCAACCCUGCCCAGCCUAGCCUUGCCAACUUCAAAAGGACUUUUUUUGCUCUUUGUUAGUUUAUUCUGGGUGGGUGAGAUUCCUGUGUCAGCAGCAGAGAAGCUUAGCAAAAUAAAGCACAGCUUAGAAUAAGAAAGGGAGCGGGGGCUGAUCUAGUCCUGACUGUUGUUCUCAAGCAAUAAAUGAUAUGCCUAAAGUGCUCAUUAGCAAUCCUGUUUAGCACAAAUAAGCCCCUGGAAAUGCAUCCUGAGAUGGAAUGUCCCAGGUUUUGUCUACCUGCAGAUGAAGUUCCAUUCCAUAAAUGGAAGCAUAUUUCUAGGAGCAUCUGAUAGAACCUAAUUGAAGGAUUAUUAAUUGCAGGGAUUUGGGGUUUUUUUUAUUUAGCGAUUAGAACCUCUGGAUGAGUAAAUCCAUAAAAAUAUUUACUAUAUUAGUUUAAGAAUUCCUGCCUGGUUUGUCCAGGCUCCAACCACAAUCAUAUAUUUGUAUUGUUUAUUCUUCCUGGAACUUCUUAAGGAAUGUAUUACAAAUCUGUGUAAAAUAGGCAGACUAUGAUAGUGAUUAACAAGUCAGAAUAUAAUGUUCAUGGCAGGCCUUUACUGUAGCCUGCUCAGAACACUUAUGGGAAAUCACAACUUCUGAAAGUUCAAGUACAUGGAGAUCAUUUUAUAUAAUGACUUAUAAUAAUAAUAAUAAUAAUAAUUUAUUAUUUAUACCCCGCCCAUCUGGCUGGGCUUCCCCGGCCACUCUGGGCGGCUUCCAAAAGAAUAUUAAAAUACUAUAAUACAUCAAACAUUAAAAGCUUCCCGAAACAGGGCUGCCUUCAGAUGUCUUCUAAAAGCCUGGUAGUUGUUGUUCUCUUUGACAUCUGGUGGGAGGGUGUUCCACAGGGAAGGCGCCACUACCGAGAAGGCCCUCUGCCUGGUUCCCUGUAACUUGGCUUCUCACAGUGAGGGAACCGCCAGAAGGCCCUCAGUGCUGGACCUCAGUGUCCGGGUAGAACGAUGGGGGUGGAGACGCUCCUUCAGAUAUACUGGACCAAGGCCGUUUAGGGCUUUAAAGGUCAGCACCAGCACUUUGAAUUGUGCUUGGAAACGUACUGGGAGCCAAUGUAGGUCUUUCAAGACCGGUGUUAUGUGGUCUCUGCGGCCGCUCCCAGUCACCAGUCUAGCUGCCGCGUUCUGGAUUAGUUGUAGUUUCCGGGUCACCUUCAAAGGUAGCCCCACGUAGAGCGCAUUGCAGUAAUCCAAGCGGGAGAUAACCAGAGCAUGCACCACUCUGGCGAGGCAGUCCACAGGCAGAUAGGGUCUCAGCCUGCGUACCAGAUGGAGCUGGUAAACAGCUGCCCUGGACACAGAUUUGACCUGUGCCUCCAUGGACAGCUGUGAGUCCAAAAUGACUCCCAGGCUGCGCACCUGGUCCUUCAGGGGCACAGUUACCCCAUUCAGGACCAGGGAAUCCUCCACACCUGCCCGCCUCCUGUCCCCCAAAAACAGUACUUCUGUCUUGUCAGGAUUCAACCUCAAUCUGUUAGCCGCCAUCCAACCUCCAACCGCCUCCAGGCACUCACACAGGACCUUCACUGCCUUCACUGGUUCUGAUUUGAAAGAGAGGUAGAGCUGGGUAUCAUCUGCAUGCUGAUGAACACCCAGCCCAAAUCCCCUGAUGAUCUCUCCCAGCGGCUUCAUGUAGAUGUUGAAAAGCAUGGGGAGAGGACAGAACCCUGAGGCACCCCACAAGUGAGGGCCCAGGGGUCUGAACACUCAUCCCCCACCACCACUUUCUGAACACGGCCCAGGAGGAAGGAGCGGAACCACUGUAUAACAGUGCCCCCAGCUCCCAGCCCCUCAAGACGGUCCAGAAAGAUGUUAUGGUCGAUGGUAUCAAACGCCGCUGAGAGAUCCAGCAGAACUAGGAAACAGCUCUCACCUUUGUCCCUAGCCCGCCGGAGAUCAUCAACCAGUGCGACCAAGGCAGUUUCAGUCCCAUGAUGAGGCCUGAAUCCCGACUGGAAGGGAUCCAAAUGGUCCGCUUCUUCCAGGCGUGCCUGGAGUUGUUCAGCAACCACUCGCUCAAUCACCUUGCCCAAGAAUGGAAGAUUUGAGACUGGGCGAUAGUUGGCUAUCGUGGCUGCAUCUAAAGAUGGCUUUUUAAGAAGCGGUUUAAUAACCGCCUCUUUCAGCGGGUCUGGGAAGGCUCCCUCACGGAGGGAAGCAUUCACCACCCCACGAAGCCCAUCGCCCAGUCCUUCCCGGCUAGCUUUUAUAAGCCAGGAUGGGCAAGGAUCAAGGAGGCAAGUGGUUGGUUUCACUCGUCCAAGCAGCCUGUCCACAUCCUCGGGGUAACAGAUUGGAAUUGAUCCCACACAACUUGACUAGACAGGACUCUAGCACUCUCCCGCCCGGCCCUGCUCCCACGGUGGAGUCUACCUCUUCUCGAAUCUGAGCGACUUUAUCUGCAAAAAACUUUGCAAAGUCAUUGCAGGAGAUCAUGUGGCCGCUACUGGGCCCUGAUGGAGCAGGCGGUUCCGCUAAAUUGCGAACCACCUGAAAGAGUCUCCUGCUGCUGUUUUCCGCAGAUGCAAUAGAGGUGGUGAAGAAAGUCUUCUUCGCCGUCGCUAUCGCCACUUGGUAGGCUCGACAUUGAGCUCUAACCCGUGUCCGGUCAGAUUCAGAAUGGGUUAUCCGCCACCGGCGCUCUAGCUGUCUCAACGAUUGUUUCAUUGCCCUCAGAUCCGUGGAAAACCAUGGGGCUAUCCGGACUCCAUGCAAUCGGAGAGGGCGCUUUGGAGCCAAACAGUCAAUAGCCCCGGUUAACUCCACAUUCCAGCGGGCCACCAGGGAAUCAGCUGAAAGGCCAUCAACAUGGGAUAAAACAUCCCCUACCACUCUCUGGAAACCAUUUGGAUCCAUUAAGUGGCGGGGGCGGACCAUCUGAAUCGGUCCCGCCUCCCUGCAGAGGGGAAGGGUCACGGAGAAGUCCAGUUGCACCAGGAAGUGAUCUGACUUGUUUUAACAAACAAAAUUUAAGUGGUGUAAGCUACUCUGACAGCCCAUGGCUCAUAUAUAUGAUGCCAUAGUUUGUGCAGUUUGGACUCUGGUUGUGUAAGUGUCAUUAUGGAUGCCUAUUGGCUAGUGCCCAUAACAUCAUUGGUGAUGGUGAUUGACAUAACUCUGCCCUCUGUUUGCACCUUGUUUACUUCUUUAGACAAAACAUAGAAUCAUAGAAAUGUAGAGUGGGAAGGGACUCCAAGGGUCAUUUAGUCCAGCCCCUUGCAAUGCAGGAAUCCUGCCAACAAGCAUCCCCCUAGGUAGGUUCAAAUCACCAAACCUCUGGUUAACAGCCAGACACACUGAGGCAUUCCAUGAAGUCCUUACAAAAUAAAAGCAACAGCAGCAUAAACCAAAAUAUAAAAUCUCCUUUGUUUAUUAAUCCUUUAUUUUUCUACACAACUUUUACUCUCUCUCGAUUCCUAGGAGAGUGAGGGUGCACCGAUGUUUCCCUUUUUUAAGACAGAAAAGUGCCAGAGACCAGCAAGGCAUUUCUUCCUGCGCUGGAUUGGGACUGAUGUGCCCAUAGCACUAAGGCCCUGUCCCCACUACACAUUUAAAGCAGAAUUAUGCCACUUUAAACAGUCAUAGCUUCCCCUAAAUAAUCUUGGGAAAUGUACUUUGCUAAAGGAACUGAGAGCUGUUAGGAAACACUUAUUUCCCCUCACAAAGCUACAGUUUGAAGAGUAGUUUAGCAAUCAGUCUCUCUUCCUAGGGAGCUGUGAUAAUUGUAGCUCUGUGACAGGAACAGGGGACUCCUAAGAACUCUCAGCAUCUUUAAUAAAUUGCAGUUCCUAGGAUUCUUUGGGUGCAGCCAUGACUGUUUGAAGUGAUGUUUCCAUACAUCCUAAUUUUGUACAUGUAAGUAAGUCUCACUGCAUUUAAUAGGCCUCUUACAUAAGCGUAUAUGUAAACAGUAGUUCCUCUUUGCCCUAACUCUUCAUAAACUCCACACCUUUAAAACAUGCCCCCCCCUCGAAAUCUAGGAACUGCAGUUUGUUAAGGGCACUGGAAAUUGUAGUUCCCAUGAUACUUUGGAGAGUGUGCUUUAAAUAUAUGGUGUAUACACUGUCUUCCCUUGCUUGAGCAGUGGUGUGUGUCUUAAAUACAGGGACAAUUAACUAUUUACAGUGGAAUUAGAAUAGGUUCUGUUUCAUUUGUCCCAUAUUAGAACAGUUUUGUAGCACCAAUCUGCUUUUCUAUUUGCUGACUGGGCUCUGACUUUCUGCUUGUGAAAGCAUUUUGAGUGCUAUAUGCAAGGAUGGAAAAGUCAACAGUAAGUGAAUUGCAGGUGUGUUUCUGUGUGAGGCUUUCAUGUAAUCUUUCACUACAAGCAGAGUGAGUUUUCUAUAAAUGCAGUGUGCUUGCUCCUGACUGAGUCAGUUUUCCCAAGGUUCUUUGCCACAAGAUCAGGUUGCUGCUCUCUAGACUGUAGGAUGGGCAGAGGAUAGCAGAAAGUUGUUGCAAUAAGUAGUAGCCAUGGGAUACAUUAAGAAGGAGCCCAAAUAUUGAAGUAUAUGUGAGGACACAAUAGACAAUGAGGGGGAAAUGUACUUAACUUCCAAGCCCUCUCACAUGUGGUUAACACUACUCUGCCAGACCACAACCCUACAGGGCUUUCAGAAAGAUAUUGAAGAUACAUCCUUUUUGCCAACUUUCCCUUGAUGUUUUUUUAAUUCAUUAUUGUUACCUUGCUCUUGCUAUUGGUUUUGAUUACAUUUUAGCAAUGUUUGGUGGGCUGCCUGUUUUAUUAGUUGCUGACUUUCCAGUAUUUUAUUUUCAUUGUAUCUUUUGUAUUCAUUGCUUUUAAAUUUUUAUUGCAUUUCUGUAUUUUAUUGUAAAAGGUAAAGGUAAAGGACCCCUGGACAGUUAAGACCGGUCAAAGGCAACUAUGGGGUUGCAGCGCUCAUUUCGCUUUCGAGGGAGCCAGCAUUUGUCCACAGACAGCUUUCUGGGUCAUGUGGUCAGCAUGACUAAACCACUUCUGGCGCAAGCUGCCUUGAAAGAGUUUACUCUCAAAAAUGGCAUAUAUAUCUUCUAAUUAAUUACUGAGUAUUAAAUCCAGAUUUGUUACCCAUGGAAUUUUGUGUAUUGUAAUCAAUGCACCACUUAAAGGCAGGUUUGGUGAACAUUAGGCAGGGUUCCAAAUAUGGCCUUCCUGGCCUCUCUGUGUGGUCCCUUGAACUCUUCUCAGGCAAUACCUUUCACUGGCCCUAUUUUGCACCUAUAGUGUGUUUAAUUUUUAUCAUUUAUUUUUGCGUCUGUGUUUUCUAGGUGCAUCCCUCAAGUGAUGUCUCAAGUAGCUCAGAGAACUAAAUGGCCAGUGAUCAUCGUUUUCAGUUGGGUUUCUCUUUGUGUAUCCAUGCCAUUAUUGAAUGAGCGGGACUUACUAAUUGAAAAGGAGAAUGCCAGUCGUGUAGGUGGAAACCUUGUGCUAACAGAACUUGAAGAAGAUGCCAAUAAGAAGCUCAUGCAUCUCAAAGAGAAGGAAGUAGCUGAAGCUAUGAAAACAGGACUGUUUCCACCCAGCAUGCAUUUCUUCAAAGCCAAACACCUCAUUGAUCAAAGUAAUGUUUUCAGCAUCUUACAAAAGAUGCCCAAAGGUAGUAAUUCCAACUUGCAUUCUUAUGGCAUCUCUCCGGGUGUUGUAUUAAGUGAACUUUUACAGAGGCUCAUGUGAUUAUAGUGGAAGAUUCUGUAUAACAGGAGUGGGGAACCUGUGGCUGGUAGGUCUUAUUAGGCCUGUCAGGUCUCUGAUUUGGCCUGUGAGACCAUGUUGGGCAAACCACACCCACCAGUCGGUCGCCUGACAUCAUACAUUGACAAGCACAGAGAUAUGCUUGCUCCUUAAAAGACAGCAGGCAGAAGCUUAUUUCUGAUGUUAGUGCUGUGGAAUCAUUUUUCAAGUCUUUUAAAGUAGGGUAUUGGAAAAAUGCAAAUGAUAGCUUUCUAUUUCUCUUAUAUUGAGUUUGGAGCUUCAGACCUAUUAAAAUAUUUAAUGGAUAUUGGGGCACAUGGUGUGAAUGCUGCAUAAACACAAAGUUCAUCUCCACCCAUAGUUUAGGUGAGCAAUUUACUUACAUGAGUAUUGCCACAGCAAUGUUUCAAGUAGAAAUCUAUUCCAAGCCUUACCUGGAGAUGCUGGGGAUUGAACCUAGGACCUUCUGCAUAUAAAGCAUCUGCUCUACCACUGAGCUACAGCCUCUUCCAGUGGCCUAUGAGUCCAUUUGGAGCACAAUCCAUCUGUGUAGCAUAUAUAUAUAUAUAUAUAUAUAUAUAGUCAAUGACCAGUAGAGAGGAUAAGAAGAAAACAAAGCACAUAAAACACAAUAAAAGUAUACUAUUAAAUAUACAGUUAAAAACAAUGUAAAGUAUUAAUUUUAAAAUUAUUAAUACUUUGCCUUGUUUUUUAUAAUUUUAAUAUAUUUAUUUAAUAUUUUCCAUUUUUUUAAUAUGGCCAAAAUAAUAUAUAUAUACAUCUGUGUAGAAGUACAAUAUUCCCAAGGGCUACCAGCCAAUUUCUAUCCAAGCAUCAGUGUGGGCUGAGCUUUUGCCAAAACCCAUCAGCUUCGCUCAAAUGUUGGUAUUGCCUGUGAGACUGAACUGGAUCAUCUUCUUUUGUCAUUUUUGACGGUUUGAAACUCUUUCCAGCACUCUGCAAAACUUUUAAUUUUGAUGGUUACUUGUGCUGGAGGAUGCAGUCCAUUCACCAGUGUUGAAGUAAGAUUCAUGUCAGUAAAUGUGCUUCCUGUAUGUGGAAUGGGAUUGGGGGAUAUUCUUGUCUUUUCUCAGGCAGGAAAAUGUAUUGUUGACCUGGCUUAUCCCAUCACAGUCACAUCAUCACUAAUACCAUGACAAUAUAGAUAACUUCAGUUUUUCCAAGUACUAUUUAAGCACUGUCUUGUUUUGUUACACUUGUCUCCUCCAUUUCCACAGGUGGUAUUUUACACUUGCAUGACUAUGCUAUAUUGAGUGUUGACUGGCUAGUGUACAAUGCCAGCUACCUGCCAAACUGUUACAUCUGCUUCACCCCUUUAUGGGAUGUCCGCUUCAAGUUCUCCAGUCCUCUUCCUCCCAAGGAUCUGCCUCCUGAUUGCUCUGAGUGGGUGCUGUUAGAGACCUACCGCAAUAACCUGAAGGAUAUAACUGGAUUUGAUAAGAGGUAGGUGAAAGCUUGUGAUUAGUCAUAAAUGAAUUCCACUCUUAUUCUGCCUAUUCAACUGGAGCAAGAGCUGGUUGCUAUUUAAAUACAUUAUAUACUGUAUGUGCUACAAUUUUAUUCCAUCUGAAUCUCCACUUUGCUCUGUUAAUGCAAGGCCUUCUUUAUACCAAUUGGACCCUUGGAUGACAAGGGAGUAAAAGGUGUGCUAUAGGAAGAUAAUGAGACUGCAGAGAAGCAACAACUUUUCUGCAUCUAUCUUCACAGCAGAAGAUAUAGGGCAGUUGCCUGUACCUGAACUAACUUUCACAGGAAGGAGUCUGAGAAACUGAGGCAAAUAGUGGUGGUGAGAGACCAAGUUUGAGGCCUAACAGACAAAUAAACAUUGACAAAUUGUUUAGUCCAGACAGCACCCACUCAAGGGCUCUCAAAGAACUCAGAUGUGAAGUUGCUGGUCUUCUAACAGAAAUAUGUAACUUGUCCCUAAAAUAAGCCUCUGUACCUGAGGACUGUAAAGAAGCCAAUAUGACACCAAUUUUUUAAAAGGGGAUCCUGAAAAUUACAUGCCUGUUGGCUCAACUUCUGUCCCCGGGAUACUCUUGUUAAAGAUAAAGCAACCAAGCAUAUGAAAGAACAAGUCCUGCCUCAUGAGAGUAUCAACAAGCAUAUAAAUAGCGAUUACCUAGAUGACAUUGUGUACCUGACAUUUCAAAAAGCUUUCAACAAAGUACAUCACCAAAGACUCCUGAGUAAGUUUAGCAGUCAUAGAAUAAGAGAUGAGAUCUUCUUGUAGAUCAAGAACUAGUUAAUUAACAGGGAACAGAGAGCAGGAAUAAAUGAACAGCUCUCCUGAUGGAGGGAGGUUGAAAGCAGAAUCCCCAAUAAAGAGUUUUACCAUAAAGUAUAGGUGUACCUGAAAUAUUUUUGAAUUAAUUCAGUGAAUUAAUUAAUCUGAAUUCUGUCGUUCCAAGACCUGGCAGACAGCCAUGUUUAAAUCAUAUUUUACAUACAUUUUGCAUUCUGCUUACAGGAGAUGAAGGUUGGAGGCAGGAAAAUAGCGCCUCUCUCUGGAAUGUGCUAGCCAUAGCAACUGCUUUACAUCCUCUUACUUACAAAGCAGCAGCAACAGCCAAUUACCGUAAUUCAAAUGGGGUUGGGGGCUUGUUUUAUUUUUUAUCUCAAAUGUACUCUUACUUUCCUCAUGUUUGCUGUAUAUGGUGAAGGAGGAGAAAACCAGGGCAGCUUGAUUUACAAAAACUGUAGUGCCAGAACACUGCAGACUUUAGAAGUUAACUCAAAAGUUAACAGUGAGUGUAUACUUAACACAUAUUGGUGCUAUAGUAAAGCUGAAGUUUUAUGCUCACUUAUCAGGGAGUAAGUCCUGUUGAUUAUGGCGAGAUCUGAGUAAACAUGCAUAGGAUCAAACUUCUGCCCUCUCCGCCCCACAGAGGACCAUGCUGCCCAAGGCUUGUGAAAAAGACAUAACAUAGUAUCUUCCUGCCUCCCAAUUUACCAUGAGAUCUUUCUCAUCCUCCCCUCCCCCUACCUUGCACUGUCCCCUGAGCUUGAGGAGAUUCUGUCUUUUAAAAUUCCCAUUAUUUGGCUCUUGCACUUCAGAUAAGUUUGCAAAAGAUGCCUCAGGCACUUCAUUGAUUCCUGGUUUUGAGGGUCACCUGGUUGCUAUGUCACCACAUAAGCAGUUCUCCUCAGAAUAGGCCUGAAAUGCCUGUUGCUGCCAGAUAUAUAAACUAGUUGAAAAUGCUGCUCUGUGUCCCCUUCUCUAGCUAUGGUCCAUUUCCUUUCCAUUAUGUGGCAUUGUUUACAGAGUACUUUCUUGCCUUGCCCGAUCUUUUGUGUGAUAAUGUAACGAAAGACCCCCAUUGUCAUGCAGAAAAGGACAGAGUUAAUGUUGCUGUGGAAACUUAACUCUGAAUUCCUCAACUGGUGGGCAGUUGUGUUUUUUUUGGGGGGGGGGGAAAUCACCCUGGAUGAGGUAGGCAUACUGGAAUUCUUUGUUUAUACAUAAGACCCCCCCCCCCCGAAAAAUGUGUUUAAUAAAAGUAAUAAACUACCAAAUGGAGUGAAAAAUAGCUGCAGCCCAGCACAGGAAGGAACUCCUUAGGUAGGAUAACAGCAGCUGGCAUAUUAAAUUUGUGGCAAACAGACUCCAUUUUGUGAUCUCCCAUCCCAUCUGCUGACCAGGCCCAAUGCUACUUUGUUUUAUGGCAAUUGGCAACUCUGCCACUUGCAAGCUGUAGGAACACAAUUUUCCUGAUGAACGAUAAAGAUUUUUAGACAAAGAUAAUAAGUAUGAAUUCAAUCCAGAUCUCACAUGUGUGAUGAUGUGUACUUUUAAUUCCUUAGGCUGAGAUUAGGCAAAGCACCAAACAUAAACUGCUCUUUGGAAGUGGCCACUGUUGUCAUAGCAAAGGAAUGAGGGAAGCCUAGGCCAGAAGCAAGCAACUUGUUCAUUAUUAAGGGUCCUGAUGGAGAAACAGCACGAGCCAGUGUCUCUCAGACAUAAUUUGCAUAUUUUGUGGCAUACAAUGAGCAUAUUUGCAUAUUAUUCACAUGGGUGUGUGAUAUAUGCCAAGCCACAGCUGACAGGCAUGUUGUUCUUACUCUGAACAAGGCAGAGAAAAAGCCGCAAAUGAGAAAACGCUUGUUUUAUAGUCCCUCUCAAGCAACAACAGCAAUGUUCAGUGAACACAGAAAUCAUUAGCUACAAAACAGGAUCUAUAUUAGGUUGUUAAAAAUUGUUUCUGAGUGUUUGGUAUAAAUAGGGAAAUGUUCAAACUUGUUUCUGUAAUAAUUAACAAGAAUCAGUUAGCAGGAAAACUGGAAUUAUUAGGCUGGGAUGCACUUAAUAGAUGUGUCCAUGUAUGAUAGACAAUAUAUGCCCCACAACAGGACUAGGCAACCCUUAAAUAGAAUACAUUUUCAAAUAAAGGACAGCCCUUCAAAAUAGAAGACUGUCCUCUCUAAAGUUGGGCCCACGGCCUUAUUAUAGACACAGCACUCUGUUAAGUUUAAUCACUUGUUCUUUUCCUUCUCAUGCUGUCCUCCACAGUGUAUGGCGUUGGCGAAUUAUUCAUGUGGACUCUAGCUAAGUAUUAUAUUUUUAUUGUCACCGUAGGCAGAUCCACAUUGUACUCUUAAAGCACAUCCCAUGCACAUUAAAAACUCAUAACUUUGCCCAAAGAAUCCUAGGAACUGUAGUUGCCUCCUCACAGAUGUGCCAUACCCAACAUCCUUAACUAACUGCAAUUCCCAGGAUUCUUUGGGGGAAGUCAUGUACUUUAAAUGUGCAUUGGCUGUCCUUAAAAUGUAUGGUGUAGAUCUCCAUUUGCCACACAUAUGAUUAAGCUGGUGCACUCAACAAGGGCUUGGGAGAGUUUGCACUGCUGUAGGAAAACAGUAGACUGUGAGAUUCCUCGAAGAGGUUGAACGGGCAAAAAGAAAAGAAAAAAGUCCGCUUUCUCAGUUGGGCUUGGGUCAGCUAAAUUCUGAGCCCAAAGCCCAUCACACACUUACGUAUUGGCCCGGGCUUAUCAAACACAUCCUACAUGGCUAUGCAUUACUGCACAUUGCAGUUGUGUGGUGGUGUUUUGAUAUUCUGGUUUGGUGGUGUUUAUUUUAUUAUUUUAAUGGUAUAUUAUACUUAUUUUUAUUGUUGUAUUUUUGUAAGCUAUCCUGAGACCAUUUGGUGAAAGGUGGGGUAUAAAUAAAUAUUCAUUCAAAACUGCCAGCAAACACUUUAGCCUGCAAACCUGUGCACACUUUACCUGGGAGUAAGCCUCACUGAACACAGUAAACAUGCACAGGAUUAUGCUGUUAAGGCUGCAAUUUUAAAUACACUUGAAUAAGCCCCAUUAAAUUACAGGAAUUGAUUUCUAAAUAAAUUAACACCCAUUAGGACUGUACCAUACAUGUGUUAGGGUCAUAGCUGUCAACUUUUCCCUUUUCUUGUGAGGAAUCCUAUUCGGAGUAAGGGAAUUUCCCUUUAAAAAAGGGAAAUGUUGACAGCUAUGGUUAGGGUAAAUAAUAAUUUUUUGUAUGAAUAUGGUUAGCCUUGAGGUUGUAGUCAGUAGAAAGUGUUUUAGGAUUCUGUCAAUUGAGAUCACAGACACAAAAGUCUUACAACUCACUCUCUCUUUUUCUUUCUCUCUCUGCCCCACCCACCUCCAGUUUGUUGAGCAACCUCACUCUAGUAACAGAUAUUCCAGAGGUGACCUACCCUUCUCAGACUUUCAUCUGGAAGAGAUUUGAAAAUGCCUUCAUCGCUGCUUCUGGCCUUAUCAGCUAUGCACCAGUGUUCAAGGCCUAUUUCUACCAGGGGCUGUUGGAGCUCUAUGAAGAUAACAUACAAUAUGCUGAGAUAAGGGCUAUGCUGCCACCGGUAAUGCUCCUUCCUUCCUUCCUUCCUUCCUUCCUUCCUGGGGCUCCUCUUCCCAUCCAGGGAGAUAUUUUGUGACCAAUACCUGAGUAAACCUGUUGUACUACUUAAAAAAUUGUAUUAUUAUGGGUACCUAAAAUGUCUUGUUUCCCAGACUGGUAACUAUGGCACUAACAUCUGCCCAUUAGCUCUGCUCCAACCUUGUCUAGAGAUAAUUUAAACUAAUGUCAGUUAAACAAAAAGUGGUUAACUCUUAUGCCUAAAUAAACCCAGUAUCUUUCAGGAAUAUGUAGAAUUCUAAUUGUUUUGAGAUGAUACAGGAUAGUAGUCCAAAACCUCAUUAUAUAAUACAUGGAAUACAUUUUUAUAAUUUUUAUAAUACAUUUUUAUAAUACAUGGAAGAUGGUUCUCCCUUGGAAGGUUCUGGACUUUGGUUUCUAAGCAAAGGUUGGAUGGCCAUCUGUCAUGGAUGAUUUAGCUGAGUUUCCUACAUUGCAGGGGGUUGCACUAGAAAUAUGACCCUUGGGGUCCCUUCCAGUUCCAUGAUUCUAUGUUUUUCUGCUUCAACAAUACUUCAUUACGUUCCUAUCAUUUUAUGUAAUUGAAUUUUGUAUAAAUUAUACAAAUUAUAAAUAAAACACUUUCUAGGCACUGGUCUGAGCAGUCCCCCCCUUCCUUUCCCAGUGAAAAACCACUGUUUAAUUCUAAAUUGGAACAUACAGAAAACCCUGGGGGAAAGCAGGGGGACAAGAGGAAGUGUGGAUAAACUCUCUGCUUGAAUGUGCAGGUUCCUUGAGGGGAGUUUGCAGCCACUUUGCUCCUCCUCAGUUGUUUUUAUUCCUGUACUGAGCUAAAGCAAGGUUUGGCUUAGCUUAUUGUCCAAAGCUGGACUCAUGGUUGAAAGUGGGCUUGAAACUGCAGCCAGGAACAAAACUUGAGGAGUUCUGGUGCCGAUUGUUCUUUUCUUGUUUUAUGACAGACUGCCCCCUCAUUUGCCUUUACCUUUAUGUUUGCAUAUUCUGCCCACAGGUAUAUGAGUUGGAUGGUACCAUGCAUGACAAAUCCUGGUCUAUGGCAGUUUAUCAAAGCACAACCCAACAGUUUGUAAAGGACCACCCAGACUUUGUUAGUGCAAAGAUUAUAUACACAGCACACAGGUAAGGAAUAUUUAGAUGACUUUGCCAGAACACAUAUAUUUGAACUUAUCUAAUUCACAUUUUAUUGUUGAAAGAAACUGCAGGUCAUUAUAGAUGAAAAAAAUACAUUCAGUUCAGAAAAAUUAACAAAAACAUCUUCGGAAAAUUGAAUGAAAAGAAGCCCACCUCAUUUGUGCUCAUUGAAACAAUCUAUGAUAUUAGUGCCUUGUGAUGAUGCCAAUAUUUGUAUCCUCUGGCUCAGAAACAUGAACCUUGGAGAGUUGUAUUGUUUGCUUCAAAUAUGAAGUGAACAUUACGAUUCUGCAAUUAUUCUCUGGCUCAGAUUUUAAUGCAUAGCAGCACAUCAUGUUCCAGAAGGGGGAAGCAAUUUCCCUCCCUCUAUUCUAUUUCCUCUAUUCUACUUAUUGCUGCUGUAGGAGCCACAGUCAACUGUGUGGAUGGAUAGGAGUUUGGCUGGGAGAGAAGAGGGAGGGAUUUGGAGACUCAUAGGUAGGUGUGUAGGAGGGUGGGUGUUUGGAAGGUCAUGAGAGGGAGUGGGGUAGAGGCUUGAUGUUAGCACAGGGUGCAUGGGAUAUUAAUCUACUUGGAUUGGCUCAAACUAAGAUGAGAUGUUGCCCCAUUUUGUGGAAGAAUACUUUGACUUAUUUUAAGGCAGUUCCAUUCAUGCCUUGUUGUCUGCUGCCUUUAGUAUUUGAUAAUCUCUGACACAGCUUAGGUGCAGCAACUUCAAAAUGAACCCCUUUUAGCUUUGGACCUCUAUGAACAUCAACAGGUUACAGAUAUAUUUUCUGCUGGUGACACUGUAGUCAAACUCUCAGCUAAAUUUCCCCCUGCUUAUGAAAGUAAGGACAGCUGAACAAAUAGUGGAGGAGAGCCUCAGCAACUUUAUGCUACCAUAUACAACAUAUUGUCUUAUACUCAUUUCCCCAUCCACUAUUACCCAUGCAGAAGAGUUUAAGUUCUUCUGAGGGGAAUUUAAUUUAAUCAAUAUAAAAACAUAAUUUUCAUACCUAUGAUUGUAUUAAAAUCAAAACUGUGUGCCUUCGGCAUGCAAAGAGCUCUGUUUGACAGUAGUCUAAUAAAAAAAUUGAAAAGUCUCCGUAUUACAUCUUUUGUUGACUCAGAUGGUUAGUGGCUAGUACUGAGCUUCUGCUCUGUCCAUCAGAAAUAGCACUUUUAAAAAAUCCUCCUAACUCAACUGUUUUAAUGAGAAAUAUUUAGGUUCCGUACAGAUCAGCUAAUUUAGGGAACUUGCAAAACACGAUUCACAAGUGCUAAUGAAGUGGCACCAAUCAGCUGCAAAUCCCCUUUUGGUUCAGCUGUGUCUUUACCUGCCCCUCACCUGACAUCAUAUAAGAUGCCAGGGUUAGGCUAAGUGGGCGUGGUUUGGCCAAAAUAGCAUUGCGGGCAGAAUGGGGAGGCCUGGGCACUGGAGGUUCCUCACCACUGAUGUAAGACCUCUGAUUCAAAUGCAGAUUGCCUCAUCCUCUUUGCUCCUUUUCCCUUGUGCUCUAAGUCAGCUGGCCAUGUUAUGUAUUUCUUUCUUUCUGAAACAACUUGCAAAUUUUGGUCAGAGAAUUUAAAACUCUUUAAAAAUAAGCUGCUCUGAAAAUGGGAGAAGUCAGCUUUGUGGUUGGCACAAGGACUACACAAUUAGUGCUGUGCAAAUUCAACUCUGAAGCAAAUGGGAAGUACAGAUUUCCUGUGAGUUUGAUCAGGAGACGUUUGUAUCUGUGCACAAAAGAUGGUGAAUGUGGUGCGCUUUCAGAGUGGACUCAUUGCUAGAAUUAUGUACACACCAAUGCAUGUAACAGAAAACAUCUGAAUAUCCAGUGGCCGAUUCAUAAUUUGAAAAUAGCCUUUUUAGACAGUACAGUGGUGCCCCGCAAGACGAAUGCCUCGCAAGACGAAAAACUCGCUAGACGAAAGAGUUUUCCAUUUUUUGAGUCGUUCCGCAAGACGAAUUUCCCUAUGGGCUUGCUUCGCAAGAUGAAACGUCUUGCGAGUUCUUGCGAGUUUGUUUCCUUUUUCUUAAAGCCACUAAGCCGUUAAUAGCCGCUAAGCCGCUAAGCCGCUAAUAGCCGCUAAGCCGCUAAUAGCCACUAAGCCGCUAAUAGCCGUGCUUCGCAAGACGAAGAAACCGCAAGACGAAGAGACUCGCAGAACGGAUUAAUUUCGUCUUGCGAGGCACCACUGUACCUAGUUUUUUUCUCCCUCUCUUGGUACUCUUCUCUUCCUGUUAAUUUUCAGAAAUGAGAAUGUCCCCCAAAUUGAAGAAGCUGUCCGUGCAGCUAUGGCACUCAGAGCAGAGUUCCCGGAAACUAUGGCAGGCUUUGAUUUGGUAAUCUCCUAUAUUUCUUACUUGGUUUUGUUUUUUGUGUUAGAAGGAAAGCAGGGCACAAUAAGAUGAUAUUUAUGGUGGUGGACACAGGUUUCCUUGGGCUACAAUCCUAUCAAAACUCUCUUGCAUGCGAUGUAAUGUACCUUUUGACCAUAUAGCUGAGGCCAUGACAAAUUGCUGCAGCAUCUGAGGUGAAAUAUAUUUGAUGUAUGGCAUUCCUUGGAAAUACUUCCUACUAAUCCUUGUGAAGUAAGAAAUGGAAUCAUGGAAUUCAAGAACUGGAAGGGAUCUGAAGUUUGUCCAGAGCCCUAUAACCCUGCCAUGAUCUUAAGGCAGAAAGGCAUGUCUGCAGGGUGGAAGGAUACCAACAGCAAUGCAGCUCCCUGGUUAUGGCUUUCAGCCGCAUCUUCAGUUUACCCAAAGCUGAGUUAGAAGCUGCUGCCAAGGGCAGAUCGGGAUUUCCCGCCCCUGUGCAACAUACUGCCUGAGGUGGGCCAUCUCAUGUCGCCUCAUUGGCGCAACAGCCAUGUUGCAGCAGCAAGCUAGCUUAGGGGCUGCAGGACAGACCACCCGGCAUACCUUUCUAGCCACUUUUUACCUCUCAGAAUUUGCCGCCUGAGGCAGCUACCUCACUCUGCUUCAUGGUAGGGCUGUUCAGAGCAGUUCAAUGAGAAAUGUUUCACUUGUGCAGUGUAACAUGGGUAAGCAGGUCUCCUUACCUAUGUUUCAGUGCCUUGUGUAGUUCUGUCCACUUAAGAAACAAAGGAAAUAAAAAAAGAUGCUUGUUGCUGCAAAGUUAUGGCUGCAGAUUAUUUUUACCUUAUUUCACAAAUUGAACAUCGGGUUGAAAUGAUUUUUAAAAUAAACGUAAGUUAUGAUGACAGUUCAGUGCAGGUUCUUCCUCCUGAUCUAUAGAAGAUCUAAGCAUUAAAUGCUUAUCAAGAGCAAUUUCCUUCUCAGGUUGGCUGGGAAGAUGGAGGAAAGGCCCUCUGGGAACUAAAGGAUGCCUUGACCCUUCCGGAAACUCUGGGAAGUAAAUUGCCAUAUUUCUUUCAUGCUGGUGAGACAAGUAAGUACGGGCACAUCCCACUAAUGAUUUGAGGUCUUCUGUCAAGUAAGCAUAUAUAAAUUUUGUUAAACGAAAUAAAUAAGAGUAAGGGGUAACUAGAAGAUGAGGACUGAAAUCCUACAAACACUUAUCUGUGAGUAAGUCCUAUUGAAAACAGUGUUGAAUGGAUGGAAACACAUUGAAUGGAUAUUCAAAUUGUAAUAAAGAUUUGUAUAUAGAAGCAUAAGAGUUGGAAGGAACCCUAAAGCCCAUCUAGUUCAGCCUCUUGCCAACACAGGAAAUCUAUUGCUACAUGUCCAUGGUAGGUGGUCAUCCAGCCUCUACUUUAAAAAAAUCCUAACAAAGGAGAGUCCAUCACCUUCCAAAGUAGUGCCAUCAGGAAGUUCUUUAAAAGCCUUCAAAUCCAAUCUAUGUCUGCAAAGCACGUGCGUGUGUGUAACCGACCAAAAUGCAUGCAUCAAUUUCCUUCACUGCCUUACUGUUUGUGACACUUAUAUGGGUAGGGGGCCAUAGGCUUGCAAGAGACAAAUAGAUCAUCUGAUCCAAGCUUUUCUAUUCAACCCUACAUGCUGCUGUGGCGGCGGCGGCAGCUGCUAUUUAUCUACUAGCAACGAUAGCUAUGUUCUACCUCCACUGUUAGAGCCAGUAUGCUUCUGAAUGCCAAUUGCUGGGUAUAACAGGUGGGGAGAGUGCAGUUGCACUCAGGUUUUGCCAGGCCUGUGCAGAGCUUAUCUGAGGAGUCUUGUUAGAAUAAAGGUAUAAACUCAAACAGAAAAGCAGCCAGCCCUUGGGAGCCCUCCAAGGCCCAGGCCAGGUGUACCUGGCUGCCACCCCCCGACCUGGGUUUUGUUUGUUGGCUUCCCCUAUACAUCUGGUUGGCCACUGUAAAAACAGGAUGCUGUACUAGAUGGCCCCUUGUCCUGAUCCUUCAGGGCCCUUCUCAUACCCUCCAGCAUUUCUCCGAUGAAAAUAGGGACGUCCCAUUCCACAAUGAUAAUUUUACUAUUUAUACCCCACACUCUGGGCAGCUUCCAACAUAUAUAAAAACAUAAUAAAACAUUAAACAUUAAAAAAAACCUUCCCUAUACAGGAUUACCUUCAGACAGCUCAGGGAUCAGAUAACUCCAUACCCUCUAAAAUUUCUCCAAUGAAAAUAGGGACAUCUUAAGGAAAAGUGGGACAUUCCAGGAUCAAAUAAAAAACUGUGAUGGCUUCUCUAAAUCAGGGAUGUCCCUGGAAAAUAGGGACACUUUGGAGAGUCUGUCUUCUUAUGUUCUUAAGAGAAUCAGAACUGAGCCUUAAGGUAGGGCUGCUGUAUCCCUAGGAUUUCAAAGGUGAAAUUUAUGUCUUGAGGAAAUUUUCGAAAGGCGGAUCUUUGGCAAGUCAAUCGAAAAAUGUGGUGUUUGUUUUUUUGCCGUUUUAUAAAAGAAAGCUCAACAAUUUCAUGGUCAUCCUAAAAAUAGCUCAACAACUUUUGGGGUGUCCUGGUUUUUACCUUUCAAAAUAUGGCAAUCCCACAGUAAGGAGAAGUACAGGUGGAAAGAGUGUUGUUAUACUCAGGCCUUGUCUGUGAAUUUGCUAUAGUCACCUAGUUGGCCACUUUGAGAACAGGAAGCGGGACUAGUUGGGUCUGUGGUCUGAGUCAGCAGGGCUCUUCUUAAAUCAUUAUGUUCAGAACUUUCUGAUGACCUUUUUGAUGAAACUAGAUAAACAGUAUUCUGCCUUUGUGUGUGUGUCUUGGCAUACGUUGGUGUGUGUCAGUGGACCAAUCUAAUAUUACAGCUGCAAUCCUAGGCACAACAUACAUAGAAGAAAGACCUAUUGAACUCAGCUGGACUUAUCUUUGAUCAAGCAUGCAUAGGAUUGUGCUUGUACCAGUCAUCUGAAAUGUACUGGCAAACCCCCUCGUGAUAGGCAUGUUGAGUAGCAAAUAACAUUUUGCCAAAGCCUGUGGCGUCUGCCAGAGUUCACGUGGAUUACUGUUUUGCAUAAGCAGUCCUAGAAUGCUUUGCCACAUAGGAGCCUCUGCUCACAGAGACUUAGCAGGGUGGCAAUCUGCUGCUCCAUCUGUGCUGCAACAAAACAGAAAAUGCCGACUCAUACAGUAGUGUCGGCUGAGCUAUUACUAAGAUGUCAGAGGAGUUUUCGGGGAGGAAGAUUGGGUCACAUGGUCAGGUUUGCCAACUUUCUGCAAUAUAGUUACAGUGAAACAUGGUUGUCGGAAAUCGAAAGGUUUUUCUAGUACCAUGGCAAUAAAGCCUUGAAACAUUGAUAACGGAAAGAAGGCACCCUUUCCAUUCAUCGGGUGGUUAAGGGUUUGCUGUUGGUUGAUCCUAGGUAUUGGAUGAAAUCUGAGUGGCUAAUUUGCAUUAAAAGCUCAAUACGGAAACCGUGUGGCACGUUCAACUUCCGAAAAGUGUUCAAAAACCGAAGCAGUUACUUCCGGGUUUUCGGCAUUCGAAAACCAAAGCAUUUGACUUCCAAGACGUUCAAAAACCAAGGUACCACUGUACUUUGCUUUACCAAGCACAGAAUGGUUUGCCAUUUUGAGUGGAGUGGGCCACUUUAAACAUGCUAUUGAUGUGCACAGGAGGCAUUAAAUCCUCAAGAGUGCCAGAUGCAAAGGCAGGAUUUUGGGAUUCAUGGCCAUGAAUCUACUUGGCCGCUUUAGGCAUGUGAUUUAACUUGACUCACAUGGUUGGUAAAAUGAGAUGUGGCAGAAAGAAAACAAAAAACCAACAAAGCAAAUAAUGAAAAAACAUCAAACUAGACCACAGAAAAGUUCUGGCAGUCCCUUUUUAGGCCUCACAUAACAUUACUCUUUCAGAAGACAACUUAACUGGGUUUUCCCUCUAUGUAUUUGGGACCAUUGUGACAACCAUUUUGUGGUUUUAUAUUGAUGUAAGAAUUCUCUUUAUCACUCAGACUGGGAAGGCACCUCUGUAGAUAGAAAUUUGUUCGAUGCUCUGCUGUUGAACACCAGCAGGAUUGGCCAUGGAUUUGCCAUCACCAAGCACCCAGAAGCUAAGAAUUUGGCUUUGAAGAUGGAUAUUCCUAUAGAAGUCUGCCCUAUUUCUAACCAGGUACUGUUCACACAGAAGGGAGCCUAGCCCUGUAAUCUGUCUUUGAUAGCAGGAUUAAUCCUGAGGUGUGUUUACAUGUGUAAGUGUGUGUUUAAGCAAGGAUGAUGCUACUGAUCAAAAUAAUAAUGAUGCAUGAUAGAUAUAUAUAUAAUUGCAGGGUAUAUACAUUAUUUUAAAGCUUGGGGGAGAGGAGUAAAUAAUUAUACUUCAUAUAUUUGAUGAAGUAGACUGUAAUCCUCAAAAGCUUAUGCUGUAAGGUACCACAAGACUGUCAGGACAUCUGUGUACUGUCUUCAACAGUUUGAAAUCCUGCUGAUUUUAGUUGGAGAAAGAUGCUGCCCAGUGUGCCAGUGUCGUAUACUGGUUAAAAGCAGUGGACUUGUAAUCUGGUGAACUGGGUUCGAUUCCCUGCUCCUCCGCAUGCAGCUGCUGGUGACCGUGGGCUAGUCACACUUCUCUGAAGUCUCUCAGCCUCACUCACCUCACAGAGUGUUUGUUGUGGGAGAGGAAGGGAAAGGAGAUUGUUAGCCGCUUUGAGAUUCCUUAGGGUAGUGAUAAAGCGGGAUAUCAAAUCCAAACUCUUCUAUUUACUUGGGACAGUCUCCUUCAUUUAAGAGUGCAUACAAUUAAAGGCUAUGUAGACUUGUGUGGAAGAAGUUCCAUUGGACUCAGUGGACUUACUUGCAAGAAUGCAUGCAUAGGAUUGAGCCACAGAAGUGUUGUAAUUUUCUAGAGUGCUGCCUAUGAGGCAGGAUUUAUUGUUGUUUUGUUGUUGUUGUUUAAAUUUCUAUACCGCCCUUUAUCUGAAGAUCACAGAACUGCUUACAAUAUAAAAACACAAAAUACGUACCAUAACAACAACAACAACAAAAUGCCCUUUGAGGCCCCCUCCACAGUUUAGAAGGCAAUAGAUUGUUUAAUUAGCCAAAGACUUGGGAGAAGAGGAAUGUGUUUGCUUGGUGCCUAAAGAUAUGUAACACACACACACACACACACACACAUGGAUAAAAUGGCAGUAUUUACUUAUCUCAGCUAUGUACCUCUUCAAGGUCCUGAUGUUAGUAUCAGAUCUCAGGAACCAUCCUGCUGCAGUCCUGAUGGCAGAGGGUCACCACAUCGUGGUUUCCUCUGAUGAUCCAUCCAUCUUUGGAGCAAAGGGUCUGUCAUAUGACCUUUAUGAGAUGUUCAUGGGCAUUGGAGGGAUGAGUGCUGAUCUGAGGACUUUGAAACAACUAGCACUAAACUCUCUAAAGUAAGUAUGAUUUAUUAAUAGAAUUUGUAUACUGUCUGUCAUCUGUAGAUCUCAGGGUGGUUUACAGCAUAUAAUUACAAUAUAAAAACCACAAAAUACAUAAUAAAAGUAAGAACAACAACUAACCAAAAAUCCCUCCACGACACAUUUAAAAGGGCAUCAGAUGUCAACCACCCAAAGGCUUGGUUGAAAAGGAACAUUUUUGCCUGGCGUCUAAAGGUGUAUAAUGAGGGUGUCAGCCAAACCUCACUGGGGAGAGCAUUCCACAUAUGGGGAACCACUGCAGGAAACAAUAAACAAUGUAUGGGAUAUGCACCAAAUAUUUAAAAUGUACCAAUAACCAGGUCAGGAAAAGCCUGAGCAAACAAAUCAGGUUUUAACAGUCUUUGGUAGCACCCUGCUAUGGGUGCCUCCCAUAUAGCAAGGGAGGGGAGUGGGUCCCACCACAGAGCAGACCCUUUUCUGUGUUGCUGUUAGGUGACAUACUGUAAAAUGCAGCACCACUUACAAGACCUCAUUAGCAGGUCUGUAUGGGGCAAGAUGACCUUUUACAUACCCUGGUCACAACUUAUUUAUAGCUUUUUAGGUUAGCAAAAGUUAAUUGAAACUGGCUUAGAAGCUAAUGGCCAAAUCAGUGCAGUGCUUCUUAACACCUAUCCACCACCGGAUACUCCACUUAUUACCCUUACUUCUGCUGUGCUCUGCACUACUUGCCCACAUUGGUAAAUAAGUUUAUAUGAUUAGGUGCGAGGUCUAUCAAACAUGUUUAUAUGGUUUAUAUUUAUAUGGUUAGGUGCGAGGUCUAUCAAACAUGGACCUGGUAAGUGGUAAAACAGCUCCAAACAUGAUUGGCUUAUCCUUCUCUGAGCUUGAGACCACAGCCAUGACAACUGUAAUUCUAAGCACACUUACCUGACAGCAAGUCCUGUAAAUUCAGUGAGAUUUUCUUCCUAGGCUGCACCUAUAUACCCAGUGCAGCAUAAACAGUCAAUUUGCUGAGUUUUUAUUUCCUGCUCUUUCUGGCUUUUGACUUGAUCAUCCAGCUUUUAAAGCAGUUUCUCCUCCUCUGACCUGAACUUCUUUUCUUUUCACAGCUACAGCAGUAUGCAACCUGGUCAAAAGAAAAAGGCCCUGGAGAUCUGGCAAAAAAAGUGGGACCAGUUCAUAGCUUCAGUCUGUGCAUCAAGCUAGACACAGAGGCACAAAAGACUUCUUCGCUUUAAGUAUGGUACUCUGAUCAGAUGACAGCUAAUGUCAAUAUAAAUUUGUCUUGUCUCUUGUACAUUUCAGUACCUGAGCAAAGUGCCCUUUUAAUUAUGCUGCAAAUGCUCCAAAUCAAUGACUGAUCAAAAUGCACUCCUUAAAGGUGGAACUAGGUGUGCUUCAACUCCAUCAGCUAUUGCUGUCCUGAACCCUUCUUGUCAUUCCUAGAUAUUUAGCACAAAUUAGGCCUUUUAGCCCUAGCUAGCCACUGCCUCUGGUAAUAUUUUGUCAUAAAAUGUGCCUUAGGAGCUUGAAGAAGCCCCUUCCCCUCAAGCUAGAAAGGUAGUAUUCUAGUUUUACCAUGCAACUACAGGAAAAGGUAUAACUGGGCUACUUCCUUUGGAAUCCUGAAAUUCUCAGGUUUUAUUUUAAAUGACAAGUUUCUAGCCCACAUGAUAUCUUCUGGCAGCCCAAACUUAUAUAAAAUUUAGCUGCACAAACCCAUUGAAAUCAAUGGCCUUAAUAAGUACCGUAUUUUUCGCUCCAUAGGGCGCACCGGACCAUAGGGCACACCUAGUUUUAGGGGGGGGAAUAAAGAAAAAUAUAUAUCCCCCCCCCCCAGGUCCAGGAGCGGCGGCAAGAUUGCGCGUAACCUCGGCGCCACUCCCGCCGCGCUCAGAAGGCUUGUGGACAGCUGCCUGAAGCCUGGAGAGCGAGAGCUGUAAAAGUGCGUCCUAUAGAGCAAAAAAUACGGUAUACCAUAGGAUUGAGCUAUGGAAUCUCAACUACCUUGGCAGAACUUCCAGUACAGGAAUAAGGAAACUGUGGCAUUUCAGAUAUUGUUGGACUUUAACUGCCUCAGCCCAAGUCAAUGAUCAGGGGUGGUGGAAGUUGGAAGACCACAGAUUUGCUGUGGUGCCAUGCUUCACUCUUUGCCCUUUUCCAUAACUAGUAGAAACGAAACAGAUUAUGCAAACUAUUCCUUUAAUAUGCAUUGUUUAUCAGUUGCAGAAUUCAACCCCCCCCCUGCACAGGAUGUUAAUCUGAAACAAACAAAUAAACAUCCUUGAUAAUUGUAAGAUAUCCAAUUUAAAACAUCUUAAUCAGUUAAUCUAUGACUUGUAUUUAAUUAAUUGAUUUAAGUCUGCUUAUAUUUGCACAUGAAUAAAACACCCAAUCUGAAGAAAAAUAACUUCAUUUUAUGCAGUUUUUUCACAUAUUGUUGCAGGUAACUGACUUAGAAGAGACAUUAUUUCCUGUUUGUCAAAAAAUGAAGAAUCUCUCUUCUAAGACAACCCUGUCAUCUUGGACUUAGUCCCAUUGUUAACAUUUAUUAAAGAUUGGAAACCUCUCAUAGACUGCAUGAAAAAGAAAAAGAAAUAAUGACAUUUGGAUCUGAGGACUGAAGAUGAUGUUUUAUAUAGAGUGGCUUUAUUAGGUGUUUAUUAGGUAUACUGAAGUGGAUGAAAUGAAUAAUAUUUAUAUAGUGGAGAGAUGAAGAAUCAGAAAUUCUUUAGCUUCUGAACUUUUCUCUCUCUUCUCUCACUCUUUUUUCUCAUUUUCUCCUUUAAUUCCUUUUCUAUUCCUUUUUCAUUAUCCCUUCCUCUUUCUUUCUUUCUUUCUUUCUUUCUUUCUUUCUUUCUUUCUCUUUCUCUUUCUCUUUUUUUUGACUCUGGAUUAAGGUUUUAGUUUGGACCAAAAAAAGAAAUAUGUGACAAUAAUCUUAGUAUUUUUAUUUAUAAACUCUAAUAAAAUUUAUUUUUUUUAAAAAGGAAUUACUGGUAGCCACAGUGAGCUGAGUAGUCUUUACUUCUGAGUAGACCUACAUAGAAUUGCAUUGUAAAAUAAUAAUAAUAAAUUGCCGGUUGUUUAACUGGGCACACUUUAUCACUCAAUAGGUUUUAAAACACUCAAUUUUAUAAUCUAAUAAAUGUUGCCACUGCUAAUUGUGAGCUGUUUUGAAGUUUGUAACAUAAUCAUCUACACAAAUCUGUUCACACAAAAACUGCAUCUAAAUAUUUCCCAAUGAGGAUGAUCUUCUUCUUCUUCUUCUUCUUCUUCUUCUUCUUCUUCUUCCAACAUUGAAUCCUUUCUAGGACUAUUGCAACUAUCACUAAGCAAAAUCCACCAAAAUCAACAAAAAAUAGCAGUGUUUUGACUUUGAAAACGAUGUGACGUACAAAUAUACAAACUCUUCAGAUAAACUGACACAUUUUGUUUACAGCAGUAAUGGUCGUUGCACAGAUUUGUUCAAGAGUUUUGGCAUUUCAGGUCAUGCAAGGAAGGAAAUGCAAGCUACAUGAGCAAAUAUAAAUAGCCUUUUCCAAAAUACAGAAACCUGCCUACAUAAUUUAGAUAUUUGGGAUGGGAGCCUCUCUGUGUGCUGCCAACAUCAGAGGUACAUUUGGCAGAACACAAGAGAGGGCCUUCUCAGUGGCUGCGUCUAGGCUCUGGAAACCUAGGGAAAUCCAUCUCCUCUCUUUCAUGGUGUUCCUCUGCCAGGCAAAUACCUUCUUGUUUAGACAGGUCUCUGACCUAUUGGGUGGAAUAUCUGUUCUUUCUACAUGUUUUUGGUAUAUUUGUUUUUAUUAUCUUGUAGUUUGAAUGCAUUAAAUUUUAUGCUAGCUGCCUUGGAUGCAUAGUGUGGAAAGGCAAGACAGAAAUUUAAGUAUUCAUAAAUAAAUGAAGCAGUGCGUAUUACACAUAUUUUUGAAGGGGAAAUGUCAAUGCGAAUACACACAUUCUAAAAUCAUAACUAUGCUUACGUCUGAAAUUUAAAUACUUGCUCCAAACCUAUGUUAGUAAACUUCUUUUUCUUUGGCAU